GCAGGGAACAGGCAUUGGAGUCACUGCUGCUUAUAAAACACUACUGAAAAAAAGAUCACAAGAGUUCGGAGAGAUACUAACUUCUGCUUUUAGCAUUUCAAGAGCUGCAGUGCUGGGUCUUGUGCAACAAACUACUGUCAAUAAGGGGAUGAACCGAGAACUUGUGUUGAGAAAGAUUCUGGAACAGAUGUUUAGAAUACUUGGGAGGAGAAUUUAGGGGUUUUUUUUUAGCACUGGAGAAAGUCUGGGCAGCAGGAGAAAAAGUUGCUAUUGACUAGGGCUCUUUAAAGUCGUAUUUAGGGGGCAUUAGCAAGAUACUGUAGACUGUAAAUUGGAAGCUGACAAUUUAGCAAACGUUGAUAAAUAACAGAAUCGGCUUUUCUAAAUGUUAUUUCUGUAGCUGGAUUGUGCUCAGUUUGUACAUCCCUUGUUUAACAUCAUUUUAUGCAUGCAUUAUUGGGUAAUGUUUGUUGACAGGGCCUGGCUGUAAAUUGAGUGAGGAUGACUUGUUAGAGCACGUGAUAAUAUGUUGGCGAUUUAUAAAUUACAAUAAUAACAAUGACCGGAGCAACUUGUGCAAGUGAGGGCAAUAACUGCAGAGAGGACAGGCUAACUAGCAAGGUGGAAAGUCACCGCCCAGGUUGCUGGAAAGGUGUAGGGCUCUGUAAAGAGAAGAUAGGUGGCCAUAAUUGGGACAGGGCAAAUGGAAGUCCUAGUAACUCCUCAGAUACUGGGAUGGAAUCUACCUCUGGUGCAGUAAUAAAACACCAUCACCAGCAUAGUAUAAAGCACAGGUACGAACUGCUGGAGACUCUGGGAAGAGGUACUUAUGGAAAAGUGAAGAAAGCCAUGGAAAAGACCACUGGAAAGAUGGUUGCGGUAAAGUCCAUUCAGAAAGACAAGAUCACUGAUGAGCUGGACAGAAUCCAUCUCCAGAAAGAAAUUGAAAUCACAGCGCUGCUAAGACAUGAACAUAUUAUACAGGUCUUCGAAGUUUUCGAGAGCAGAGAUAAAAUAAUUAUUGUCAUGGAGUAUGCCAGCAAUGGGGAACUUUAUGAUUUCAUAAAUAAUAAGCACCAGAUAUCGGAAAGCGAGGCCCGUGGGAUCUUCAGACAAAUUGUCUCUGCUGUUCACUACUGUCACAAGAAUGGGAUAGUCCACCGUGAUAUAAAACUGGAGAAUAUCCUACUGGAUGAGAACUUGAAUGUAAAGCUUGCAGAUUUUGGAUUGUCGAGCCUUUAUCAGAAGAACCAAGUCUUGGAAACAUACUGUGGAAGUCCACUUUAUGCAUCCCCAGAAAUUGUAAAUGGUAUUCCAUACCAAGGACCUGAAGUUGAUUGCUGGGCCCUGGGGGUACUGCUUUAUGCACUGGUUUAUGGAAGCAUGCCAUUUGACAACAGCAGCUAUAAGACCCUUGCAGAACAGAUCAGCUCUGGCGAUCACAGGCAGCCACCUCAUCUCUCAGGGGCCUGUGGACUGAUAGAUUGGUUGCUGACAGUUAAUGCAAGAAAUCGAGCAACGAUUGAAGAUGUUGCUCAUCAUUGGUGGGUCAACUGGGGUUAUGACACUGUGGUAUGUGACUGUGAUCUUGUCCCCAAUUGUCACUCCCCUCUUUUGGCCCGCUAUAUUGAAUGUCAAAAUACACCUGGUUUUAAUGAGUUGAACAAAAAACCUAGUGGAGUCCAAUCAAGAGAAGUAGAAGAAUAUGAAGUGUGUCUCAGAAAAUCCAAAAAAGAAAAUGACAUAAUUCAGUCACAACAAGAAUCCGACUUCACAGUUCCAAGCCCAAAACCAAAGGGAAUCCUUAAAAAAAGGAGCAGUUUUGACAGUUCAUUCUUUAACUCCUCCACAUUCUCUGAAAGUCUUUCUCAGAAUUGCUUAGAACUAAACAGAGAAACAUUGACCAAGUCUACUUCUGGGCCACAUAAUCCAGUCACUAUUGAAUGCACUUUAAAGAUGCCAAAAAAAGGGAUUCUUAAAAAAACUAAUGAAAGGGAAUCAGGCUAUUCAUCUUCUCCUGAACAGAUCAUGUCACCAGAACACCAGAAAGCAUAUCUCAAUGUACAGGAAGACAAAAAGAGACCUGAGAAACAUGCGAAGCGGAGGAAAGGCAUCCUAAAAAGGAAUGGGAGAUUUUCUACAAGCCUGGAUUUGCCUGCUGAGUGUUCAGCACUCACCCUCUCUGACUCCUCAGAAGAUACAAUGUCUUCCAAUGUAGGGCCAGCGAAAAGUCCAAGCCGGCCGUCAAGUGUCAUUAGCGAUGACAGUUUUCUUUCCAGUGACUCAUUUGACCUGCUCGAUAUGGCUUCUGAGACAAAAUGCCAGCUUUUUUCUUACAAUUCAAAGAACAAGUAUUAUAGUUCAGAGGAAGAAGAUACUUUAUCCAACAAACUUGAAAAUAGUUUUUGCAACAGCAGGCAUCACUUAUGAUUUCUGUACCACCAUCAUCCAAAAAUUGAUAACUACCUUGGAUGCACACAAAGUACUUUAUUCAACAGGACAUUGUUUUGGAUAUUUUACAAAUGUUUUACUAGUUUUAAUAAAUACUGUCACAAUUUACAAAAUACAGUUGUACCUUUUUAUAAAUAACAAUAAAGUUAUUUGAAGAACAGUAUGAAGAACGGUAAAGGUGCCAGCAGAGAGCAUAACUUUGAGUCAAUAAAGACUGCUCACUAACGGCUCUUUGAGUGCCUGGACAUCUUUCUUUCUUAAUACUGAAGCUCAGAUUUUGGAUCUCGCCAGGCCGGUCUGGUUGCACCUUAAGUAACUGUGUAUUUUUGAUGUGUGCACCCCCUUCAUGGAUUUGACUAUCAUAUGGUUAUUUCGUAAGUGCACAGAGAUACAGGGAAUUUUUGUAUUUAUUUUUUUUAAAGUCAGAAGGAAACCAAGUCACAAAAGUGGAAGUGCCACUGAAUUGAAUUGACUAAAUAAACAAAUAACUAAACUAAAUAAAUAAAUAAAUAUCAAUACACACUAAAAAAUAUAUCUACUGUGACAUGAAUAUAAAUAGAAAAGAAAGCAGUCUGGCACAUAUUUGGCAAAGCCUCAUAAGCUCCUUGGUUACAAGUAGAACCAAUAGGUGCAUUAUCCUGUAAAACAACUAGAAGAACCCUUCAUAGUGGACAAAUAUGGAAAAUAAUGAAUGUGUGUUUUUUGUUGUUGUUUAAAAUAAUAUAAUUGGAACUCACAGUGAAAAAACACAGUGACCCAGUAGUCAGAGACAAAUAGUCACUGCUGCAACAAACUUUAUGGACUAUCUGGGAAUUGGAAUUAAAUCCAGCCAGCAUUCUUCUUGCUUGCAA